AUGUUACCAAACGAGCAAGCGAGCAAGGCUCCUCAAUCCAUUCUCGACUUCGCCUCUCACCUUGAGACCGUCCUCAACCACGAAGUGAGCAUACCUCCUGAAAACUUUCCUGACUUCUCGAUCUACUUGGAGGCUCUUCCUCUCCCGCGCAAGGCACUUGCUCCCGGCCAACGGGUUGAAUUCGACCAUGCCGGCCUUGUUGACAUCGCCUCCAAGGUCAUCGAGCAGCUAGCUCCAAAACAGGAAGAUCUCCUUAAGAGCGCCGAACACGACGACCCCCACAUCAAAGGAAUCACCGAAAGCUUGAAAGCACAAUACUUGUUGCUGCGCAUCGGAUUGGCAUGGAAGCAAGAGCGAACCGAACUAGCCGAGCAUUUCUAUGCCCAACUUGAGGCAAUCCGACCCCAUCUGGGUCCGAGUCGUAUCGGAGAACUACUUGACCUAUGCUACGAAAUCGGCAAUGAUCAGCUCAACCAGAAAAAGGGCACUCUUGCUGCAAAGUGGCUCAAAAGAGGUUGCCAGCUCGCGAAUGAAUACGCAGCCCAGGCCGAAGAUAUGGAUAUUCUUGAUCUAAGGUUUACCCUCAUGCAUACAUGUGGUAGGAAAAAUCUCUCGUCGAUGUUGCCGCCAGCACUCAUGCGUUCAGCAGUCCGAGCUCUGCUGGCGACCGAGGAUCCGCAAGCCGGUCACGAAGCAUUUCAAAUCCUCCACGCACUUCGCCAGGAAUUCGGCCACAAGCUUCCUGUCAUACUGCUUCAAUUGGAGGUGUACGCGAAAGAUCCGUCCCCAAAUCCUGACGCGUUCUCUGCAGAGCUGAUGAAGAUUGUCCGAUCUGCUCCCUUGAUUCACUCGAAUCACAAGUUCACUUCAGAUGCUAUUCGAGUCUUAGAGUCGUACAUUGUCAUAAGACUUGCUCCAAGUGAUGAGGACACCUGGACUGAAAACGCGAUAAUUACGUUGAUUUGGCUCAUGACAGCGGAAAGCAAUGACAGCAACAUUGUCGACCCAUCGUUUCUCGAAGGAGUAUUCGAUGAGAUCCAGCGAGCCUGGAACAAGGCCCUGAGCGCGGAGGCGACUCACGGUGCACUGGUUCUAUUUUGGAAGCGAAUCGAACAUACUUUCGAGCAUGGCUUGAAAGAGACUACGAGUAAGUGGUGUCAUGUUACAUUACAUCGACUGUUCAGCAAUGCCGGAGAUAACAAUAUCGGGAAGAUUGAGAGGAAGAUAGUCAAAUGUCACAUCGAUCUGCACAAUCUCGAUGCUGCUCAUGCAGUUCUCGAAAAGAUGUCACCAGCGCGAAAACAGCAUGCCCUCUCUCGAUAUUUGCGAUAUUGUCUCGCUUUGCGCCGUGGGGAUGAAGCCGACGCGAGAUCGACGUUAGCCUCCCUCGCCACCGUGCACGAUAACCGGAACAAACUACUCUUCGCCGCUGUUUCAGAGGCUACGCAAUAUGGUAGCAAAUUCCAGGGAGCGCAGCUAUUGCAGCGUAUUCUGGACAAAUACAAUGACAACGUGCCACCGGAAAUCGAUGCAUAUGCCCUUUUGAGAUGUACAGCCCGCCUUCUCCUUUUAGCAGUUUCGGAGGCUAACGGCAUCGACGAAGAGCUUCUGUCUCGACUAUGUGGAAUCUUCAAGUCCGCAGCACUAUUCACGCAAAAACAACAAGAACGAGAAAGGAUGACAUUAGAUUAUCGUCUGCAGGAAAGCAGAUGGUUCGAGAAGACCAGCUACAACACUGCUGUGCAAUACCUCAAGUCAUGGCCGGCAAAAUAUGUCAUCGACCUUCUGCACUAUUCGUGUCAACAUAUCCUUGAAGCCGAGGCAAAGUACAUUCAAGCAAUCCUGUACACCAUCGAGGCGAGACCCGCCUCUACAUCAUAUAUAACGGACGUUCCGAAGACGGCUUAUUCCAGCAGGGCCCCGCCGCAGUCGCCGGCAGAAAUCAAGUUUAUUUUGUACAGGAAUGUAAUCGCUAAGUACACGGAAAUUCAUGCUCACCGGAAAGUCUUACAUGAGAGUUACAAUACGGGCAUCAUGACGGAGGAACUUCUUGAGGCUAUCACGCAGAAACUCAUCGUCUUGGCUCCCCUGGCGUUCGAAGCUGUGCUCUUCAUGGCCUUUACAAGUCAGACAGAUAUUCCCGGUCAAGCUCAGGUUCUUGACGAACUCUCUCUUACUCAGAUAGUCGACCAAAUGGUGCAACUCAACCCACCUCAGAAGACCUAUUCGAUCUUUGCCCACAUGAUCCUUUCUGCCUCCACUGGAUCCCUCGAUCAGGAUUCGGCCAAACAUAUGCUGCCGAUUUCUGUUACAACGAAUUUGCUCGCCAAGCUCAUAUCUGGUCUGCGAAAUCAUCCGGAUUAUGACAACAAUCAAGCUGCAAGAUGGAUGAGGUGUGUGGUGCAAAUUGUUCUUGAUUGGAGGGGCUCGCAAUCUCACCAGACCCAAAAAGACAGCACGAGGGAUGGAAAACAUCUGAGCACUGUGGCGAGAAUCACGGAACAUGCCCUGGAUCUGGCCAGGUCUGCUCCUAGUCGAGAUUAUCCACCGGAGGAACUUGAGUGGCUCGCGGCUACACUCUUCAAUCUAUCCAUUGAUCUCUAUGCGUCGUCGCCCUCAUCGAACUCUGAAUCCGCAAUGGCGGAUGGCGUCGAGCAAAAUCAAGAGAUCAAGCACGAGAAGAAACAAAGUGGAGAUCCUGUUGUCAUGAUGCCGCAGUUCUGGGCUAAGAGAGCCAUAGAUAUAGCAGAUGUCCUCGCGAUGAAUUCCGCUGGGGGCGGGGAUGGUGGACUGCUUGCAAAGGUACUCAGGGAGAGGUGCCAGAGGCUGCAGUGGGACGUUUGA